AUGAAGUUGCAAGUUGUAGUAGUGGCAGGGCUUAUUAUUUUAUGUUUAAACUGUGAUUUCACUGCGUCCAGAGUGGUGGAUCGCAUAGACCGUUCGGAAAUUGGUCGUCCUUCCCAAAUAGCCAAGGAAGGCCGCCAAGCUUUUCCCGAUGAUGAUUAUUAUGAGGAAGAAGAAGAAGAAGAGGAGGAGGACGAGCUGCAAGAAGCGCUGAAUGCUGAUAAUGGCGCUGGGGGUUCAGCCGAUGAAGCUGGUUUAGAGGAAGAAGACGAAGGCGAUAAUGAGGAUGAGGAGGGUGACGAAGAGGAUGAACGGCGUUUUAUGGAAGAUAAACGUUAUUUAAGGGCAGUUUAUGCAAUUCUCUAG